AUGGUCAAUUUAUGGGGUUUUGUGAGGUUGGAAGAGAAUCAUGGAUCUGGACCCUGCAGAAGUAGGUAUUUGGAGGAGGAGGAUACUCCCCUGAUGAAGACAAUUAAGGGUGCAACAGCUGGUUUUGUUUCUGGAACUAUUUUUGGGACCAUUGCUGCCACAUGGUAUGAUGUGCCUCGGGUCGAGCGAAAUGUUGCUCUUCCAGGUCUAAUAAGGACCCUGAAGAUGAUGGGUAACUAUGGGAUGACAUUUGCUGCGAUUGGGGGAGUUUACAUUGGAGUUGAGCAGCUCUUGCAGAAUAAAAGGAUGAAGAGAGACUUUGUCAAUGGAGCUGUUGGUGGUUUUGUUGCUGGGGCAACUGUUCUAGGUUUCAAAGGAAGGAGCAUUAAAACAGCCAUUUCUGCUGGAACAGCAUUGGCAGUCACUUCUGCUGUUAUUGAUGCAGGAGGUCAGACCACAAGAAUUGACACUGGAAAGGAGUACUACCCUUACACCACCAAGAAAAGAUCCACUCUCGAUUGAUAAAGUUUCAUUCCUGCUUUUGUAAAGAAGCCAGUGGCAUCAUACUGGGUAAAUUCAUCACUGUUUUCUCCACCGGUCAUAUGUCUGUUCAGAGAGAUGUAAUCGUACUCCCGGAAAUCUCUCUGUGCUUUUUUAAAAUCUCAAGGUUUUAUAGCUUGAGACGGAAUUGGGAGUGCAAGAAAUUCGACAGGAUUGAACAUCUUGAUCUAAGUUUUAUUUGGUUUCAUCUUGUGCACUUUGAGACCAACAAAAGAAUAAGAAUAAUGAUAGAUACACAGCUCUAUUGCAUGCA